GUGGUCACAGUGUGUCGGUGCUUAACAUCGAACCAACGACCGAACAAACGCGCCUUUCCCCAGUCUUUCAUGUCUCGAGGACCGGUUACCAUCGUUGACUCCGCUGUCGGCCUCGUGUUCCGUGUUUCAUUAUUCGUGAUCGGUUGUUUCCUGUGACUCUUGUUGACGGUGUUGAGGAUGAGGUUGGUUCCUCGUCGAACCGUUGGGUCUUAGUUUCUAGAGCCUGUUGGAGGCUUUUGGGGACCAAGAGCGAACCGGAAGUACCAUGCGGGUGUUCGACAACCUCUGCGCGCUGGGAUACAUCGCGUUCCUUUUGUUGCUUAUCGAGAGUGUACGGGACAGCGAAAGCGGCAAAGUGUCGAAGAGGGCGAAACCAGUGGACCCAGACGCGGAGGACAGCCGCGACAACGAGGACUACUACUACGAGGACGUGGAAGAAAGAAAUAAUCCAACGAACGAGGCACCGGUUGUACCUCCUGGAUUUCUCAGCCCCUCUGUUCGCGAGUAUCUCGAUCUCGGGAAAUCGAUACCCGGUCGAGCAGGUACGGACUAUCCAGUGCUUGGCAAAGUUCCCUACACGAAUUUCUACUGCGACGACCAGCCAUACCCAGGCUUCUUCGCGGACGUGGAAACAAGAUGCCAAGCGUGGCAUUACUGCGACAUAGACGGCCGCCAGGCGACCUUUCUUUGCCCAAAUGGUACGCAAUUCAGUCAAGCAGUGUUCGUCUGCGAUUGGUGGUUCAACGUCAGAUGUGAACUCAGUCCCAAGUUGUACGCCAUCAACAGCCGUCUUUAUGGCAGACCCACGGAGAAUCCAACGAGACCACAUAGACUCAUCACUAAGGAGCUUCUUGAAAAUAUCUUCGUUAGGCGGAAAUGAAGCUAAGAAGCGGAGGCUGCGUUCUCGUUUAUUGCCGACACGACUGAUCGGUCGCAUCACCGAUUCGUCUGGCAAAAAGGAAGGAAGAGGCUGCUCCAAGGAUUUGUUUCAUUGACGGAGAAUCUGUCUCGAUGGACUUGUAUUUUCUUCGUAGAUAAGACGAUCGUGUCGGCCGUUUUGCGAAUAGUUGGAAUUGGGGAGAAGUGGAUAUACAGAAAUGCCUUGUUAGUUGAUUGGGGUUCGAGAUCACAUCUGGCCAGUUAACCAGGAUAAUAGUGUUACAGGAAAUCCUAAGAACGAUAGGAUUUUUUUAGAAUCUCUUUAGAAGAUGCACGAACUCGUACGUGUGCCCCUGUUAUCCCAAAUAUAGUCGAACGUAACUUGGAAACGCGUCAUUCUUACAAUGAGUAUGUGCAAUUGUUUCUUUCUAUUCAGUAUAAAUUCAGAAGACUAUCGAAGAAGGAACAGUUGAACGCGAUACGCGGUCAAAUAAUAUGUCUCGUCGCUUCGUCAGUUGAUACUGUCUAGUUUUCACAUCGAAGUUAAUUAGUUGUAUGUAGUUCUAUGUAUUCAUAGAGCUAAAAUAAAAUGUAUGAGUAAGUGCACGUUCUUUCACACUUUCAGAUACAGAUAGAGCACACGAAUUUUCGUUAUUAAUUGACGAUCCUUCGUCACAUGUACAAGUCGGGUCGUGUAGCAUCAUUCUUCCAAUUAUAACAAGGCAGUCCUGUAUUUCUUUUUGAUCUACCUAUGUAACAUUGUAUGAGUGAAUGACGGUGAAUGUUAGCGUAGAAUAUCGAUAUAGCAAUCGCGAAUGUAAUUAAUAUAGAGACGAAUAGUCGAAGUAAGAUUAAAAAGGAUACGAUAGAAUUUGUUCGAAGUGCCACUAGGUUGGUUUAUAGGAUAAGCUGUUCGAUGAAGAAUGAGGCGGAGUUUGUUUAAAAAAUAGAGGAAACGAUGGACAGUUUAAGUGCCACGAAUUCGACAGGACAUACCGCGGUGUCUGAUUUCGAUUUUGGUCCCGUUUCGUAGGAUGAUAGCACGCAUAUUCACGUUUUAAUACGUGAAUUAUUUAAUCAUUUGAUAAUUUUCAAGUUAUAAAUUAAAUCCGUGAUAUGUGUUAUUAAUGAUAAUAUAGUAACAUAUGUAAUAUUCAACGAAUUAUAAUGGUAUUAUUUCGUACCAUUUAUUUGGAACGAAAUUUCAAACUCCUAGUACACCUGAAUAUAAAAUCGCAUUAUUUGAAUAAAAAUCAUAAUUACUUAGAAUUAUGGUUACAUCGAUUGUUCUCAACGCGUUCAGAUGAAUGAAGUUUUAUCGACAAAGAUAUCUGAAAUAACAAACAAAAAAGGGAACUAAUAAAAGACAUUUCAUAUGUUACACAAAAAGUCGAUAAAAUUACUUCACUGUAGUAAUUAAGCUACUCAAUAGUCAAGUAAUUGCUAUCCGUAGUGAGUAAAGAUUUGCAAGCUACCAUCCUAGAUGAGUAUACGAGAUUUUAAACAAGGACACCUUGGAUACGAGCAUGUUACAAGUGUGAAACACGCAAAUCAGUCGAUCAGUAAAAUCGUUCGCUUCGGAAAUCUGUUCGGUUGCUUCGAUCUAACGGAUUAUCAUCAACAAUAGGAACGAUCCUUUGAGUGACGUGCACGCAAACCCUAUGUCAUUGGUACAAAAAAUAGACAUAAAACCAGACGUACGCGCUCAGACAGUUGCGGUUCCUGUUUCUCAAACUCAAGAAAUCCAUCGUCGAACACUCCACCUUUGCAAAACUCGAAUAUCUUCACAUGCAAACGCAAUCGAACUCCUAACUACCCGCACCAUUCCAUUCCUUCUGUACAAAUUCACUCGAACGAUCCGAAGACAGAUAAACCGUAACUGCAAUCGUAACAUUCUUAUUAGACUAAAUUCCAUCGGAGUCGAUGUACUCGACCCGAGACAAAAUCAACUCCACUUCACUCGUAAAUAUAAACGACGAAAGACGAAAAGAAUUAAAGAAAGAAAGGCUCGAUGAGCACCGCUGCGUCAGUAAAAGCAAAGAGUCUUGAAGAAGGACGACCGCUCGCGAUCUUUCUUCCCUUUCACAAACUCGACGCGGAAGAAGACGGCGCUUCAAUCCUCGGUGCGGUUCUUAAUCGUUGAUGAGAUCGCAUUUGGGACGAGGUACAUCCCUCUUUCGUCCUCUCUACGUCAUGAAAAUAAAGAGCGAUGCCAGUGCACUAGUCGAUCUUUACGGCGGAGGUAGUCGAGUUUUCCCCGGCCAGGUAAUAAUACGCGAGACGAGCUCACCUGUACGGGGAUUCAACGAACAGCGCUGUUCGACCCAUCUUGCAUCGAGGCUCCCCGCGAUACUUUGCAUCGUAAACAGAGAACUUCGUUAUACACGUGUGCUUAAGCCGUGGAUAGGCUCUGACAUGUUCUUUGAUUGGCAACGGAUGUCUAGACUUUCACGAUUUGGGAUUUUUAACUUGACAACUUGGUAGAGACGAGUUAAAUAGUCGGUGAGAUUGUUGAUCUUCGUGGACGCAUUAGCGGCUCGAUUUAAGAAUUUCUUAUCAUUUUGUGUGUUUCACCGUUUCUGUUAACGUUAGGGAACGGACAACUCUGACGGAGGAAAGAAUUUACAGUGGUCCGUGUAUGUUUAUAAUAUGAGAAAGAUGGUCGUAAUUUUGGGAACAUCAUCGCUCCGGAUGUAUAGCAAUUGUUUUUCUAUAUUUCUCGAGAUUAUAUUCGUUUCUCUUCGUUUGUAGUUUAAAAUGAACGUAUUAAUGAAAUUUUUGCGUUACUCCUAAUUAAUUCCCGACAAAUGGCUAUCCGUUCCAAACGAUAUUGGCUAGCAUAUAAUAAAAUCAUAUGAAAUAAAAUUGCCGCAAGUAUGUGGAAAUUGUUUUUCCUAUUUUUUUUUCAAUUACACUCUCUUCGCUUUAUUUGCAGUGUAAAAUAAAUGUAUCGAUGAAAUUUUUAUAUUAUUUCUAACUAGUUCUCGACAAAUGGCUAUCCCUUCCAAACGAUAUUCGCUGGCGUAUAAUAAAAUCAUAAUUACGUAUUGUACGAUUUCAACAUAUAGACACGAAAGUUUCCAUCUGUUAAUCACCAGCGACCGUAAUGGCGGUGAAUCUGUUAAAUCCCACAAAGAACGUCAGGCUAUAUCGAACUGUUUCCCCAGAGUUGUGAACUCCGUCGAAUCCAUGGUGAUUAUUCGCUUAAACAACGAACCACGCGCGCGCAUCCAUUCGAUCAGCUUAUGUCUUACAAUCGUGCGCGGCUACUGCGUAAUUGCAUCGCGUUCGCCCCAAGGCCUGACGCUUCGCUUAGCAACGAACCAAUUGACGAUCGGUCAUACGUGCAACAAUUGCGAUUACACGUGGAACGAUCGCGAUUAUACGCGCGAUAAUGGACCCGGGAAAUUGUUGUGCCACGGCAAACAACUGGACGCGGCUCUGCGUCAUCGUGAAAACGCUACCGAACAAGCAAACACAGGGCUGCGAUGUGGUCAAAGGGGAUGGUUUUUACAGUGGUAUUUUUCGAUCCUCUUGUUUUUCCACUCUUCCUCGAUUGAUUCAUAGUCACUUUUCCGGGGAAUCGACUUUGCUUCGGAAAAGUUAUGCAUCCUUUUCUGUGAACCUUUUGAUUUAUAAUGAUUAUUGAGUAACGCAGGUUAUUGAAAAUUGAAAUUGAAAAAGGUAAUUUUUACGAACGUUUGUUUCCCGAUCCUCUUUCGCCCGAUCUCUGGCGAUUUUUUAGUCAAUGAGUUUGCAGGAAAAAUUAUACUUUCAAAAGUGUUAACUCCUUUAUGAAAGAAUUGUCGAGUUGUACAAGUCUCAAUAAAUGAUCGAAGAGAGUAAGUUUCAUGGAGUUCUGUCUCCUGAUCGUCUACGUUCGUCGAAUUUGCAGGAAUGAUAGUUCUUCUUGUAUUAGUUUCUGCGGUCUAUAAUAUUGGACGCUUUAACAAUUCCCUAAUAACUGUGAAUUCACCUGUAAAUGUUCUGACAUUACAAACGAAAAUUGCGAAUAAAAGUGUACGUAUAAUAAAUUUUCCUAAUAAAUAAUUCUUCGAUAUAUUCCACACGAUAUCGUCUGAUUUCUAAAAGGCUCAAUAUCAAUACAAGAUAUUGUAGUGCCAAAAUUAACGAACUUCCAAAAAUUACAGUUAAUUACUUUGGCUUCUGAGUGCCUCGCUCUUCCACGAAGAAUUAACCGAACUAAUCGAAGCUGGAAAAGAAAAAAAAAGAAGAAGAAAAAAAAAUAGGAUAUACCCUUACGAGACAACAGUUAAUUUACCAUGAUUGUCAAUCAAUCGUCGAUCAUGACGUUUCAUCGUCGAUGCACUUAAAUCACAAUAGGCUAUUGAUAGACGGCGGAACGAAUGAGAAAAAAAAGAGAGAAAAGGAACAAAGGCGAAGCAACAUUGUUCGCGCGGCGGUAUGGCUAAAAGUCAACGCUUUCAGGAAUCGAUAUCCGCUAAUAGAAUUGUGCACGCACCGCGAACCGAACGAAAUACGACAACAGCAAGUUUGCUGGCAAUUAAUAAUAACGUGUCGUCCGUUUGUGUCCACGGUUUGUCUCCUGAAAACCAUCGUCGCGCAUUUCUCGUUUCAUUGACUCCGUCGUUUCGACUCCGAUCGAUCGUUCUUGUGUCUGGCUCAUUGUAGUAGUGAGACGAUAUUAACGAUCAUGCUGAUUUCUCUUUUUAGAGAGACGAUGAUCAUGACGAAAUAGUUUAUUUAUGAAAAGUUCGAACUUAUUUGCGAAGAAAAAAAGGACAGAUUGUAUCUGUAUGUACGGUGAUAAGCACAUACGCAUAGGGAAAAUGCAAAUUCCGUGCAAAUUUCAGCUUAUAUUGAUUUACAUUUAUUGUACGAAAUAAAGAUUUUGAGAAAAAGUUGGUUACAUUGCUACAACGAAGAGGGAAGGAAACAGCAACGAGCAGAUUGCAGAGUUUUACGCAAAUUCGUAUUUUUAUAAAUCUAAAUGAUUAGUCAAAUUAUCUGAAUCUGAGUGAAAAUUUAUUUCACCCACUGAAUAUUAUGUUACGUACUGUACUUUCGAUAUUUUCUAUAUUUUUGCGUUAUGUACAUUUUUGUAGUUCUAAAUUUCAAAUGCAUAAAAAUCCGCAGUCCGGUAAUGAGUUUAUAAUAAUUAAAUUUCGAUUGAACAUCGACGAAUAGUCGACUAGAAACGAUCGAGCAGGUACAUUUAUCUCCUUAACCUUCUUUUCCUACCACUAACUGAAUCAAACCUAACGCAACGAACCACGGAUCGGAUGAAAAUUAUUAUCAGUCUGAAUAUUUUUUAUAAAAAAGCAACACAGAAACGAGUAUGUAGACAUAAAACUGGAGGGCAGAGAUUGCCGUAUAACACAUAUUAUCGGGUUAUUACUUAAAUCGAAUUUAUUUUUCGAUAAAAUCGGGGCAUUAUUGAAAUGGCCGCUAAAGCUGCAAGUACGUAUUAAUUUAUAGUUUUUUUUUUUUUUUUUUAGACAGAUCUUUCGUAAUUUUUAUAAUAAAAAAAAAUGGAGAGGAGAAAAACAUAUUAUUUUUUCUUGCGACAUUGCGUGCACCACCCAAUGAGAAAAUAUUUUCUGUGUACAUAAUAUAAAUACGAUUUAGUCGAACUGAUAAGUAGCCAUGCGACAAGGACUGUGUAUACCGUGCUAUAUAGUUAAGCGAACGAAUCAUCGCGACUGUAACGAAAUAAUGUGACAGGAAAUGUAAACAUAAUUAAGAAUUCUGGAAAUAAACUGUAUGCGUGAGCAUGA